UCUGUGUCCUUUUCUGGAGGAUCAGGAAGACUCUCUGCAUCUCAUUAUUGCUUCUGGCUUUCCUGCGACCAGUAUAGCCGACUGUUACAAGGACUUUUUACUUUCACAAAGAUGCUUAUCUCUGUAAGGCUGAGCUUUGUGGUGCUGCUCUCAGCAGUGGGCACAGCAACAAAAGAGAGAGUGCAGUACGACCACUAUAAAUACCACCCUUUGACAGAGAUCACUAGCUGGAUGGAACAGAUGGUAAAGGAUCACCCUGAUGUUGUAACCGUGGUGAAAUAUGGAAAGACCUAUGAAAGCAGGGAUAUUAGCUUGCUCAAGAUUGGCCUGAAUACUGGAAAGGAAAAGAAAGCUAUCUGGAUGGACUGUGGAAUACAUGCCAGAGAAUGGAUCGCUCCAGCCUUCUGCCAGUACUUUGUUAGAGAGAUUCUGCAGACAUACAAAACAGAUGCCAAAAUGGAACAGAUGAUGAAGAACGUGGACUUCUACGUCACUCCAGUGCUCAAUAUAGACGGCUACAUCUACACGUGGGAAAAUGAGACAACUCGACUGUGGAGGAAGAACAGGUCACCAGAACCUGAGGACUGCAGCUGCUAUGGCACCGAUCUCAACCGCAACUUUGAUGCCAACUGGGGAACUAUUGGGGUUUCAUUUAACUGCUGCUCAAAAUUCUACCCUGGAAGCAAAGCUAUGUCUGAGCUCGAGACCAGGGCUGUAACUGACUUUGUAAGAAGCCGAAAGGACAGCUUCCUGUGUUUCCUCAGCAUCCACUCCUAUGGCCAGAUGCUCCUGAUUCCCUACGGACACCCCAACUACACCGCUCCCAACUAUGAUGAACUGAUGAUGGUUGGUCAGGGAGCAACAGAAGCAAUAUGGAAGGUUCACCGAACAAACUACACUGUAGGAACCCCGCCCGAUGUAUUAUACCCCAUAACUGGUUCAGCCACUGACUGGGCUCGGAUGCAGGGGAUCCCUUUAACCUACAUCUUUGAGCUGAGAGACAAUGGGACAUACAGGUUUGAGCUUCCUGAGGAUCAGAUCCAGCCUACAUGCGAGGAGGCCUACAGAGGAGUUUUGUACAUCAUCACCUACGCCCACGACAAGACGUUUAACGGUGCUGUAGCCAACACUGCUGUGACCCUUUCCGGCAUACUGUUGGCAGCAGGUGUCACUGGAGCCACCCUGAGAUGAGAGCUGUUUGAUUUCAGUCAUUCUGCAAUUUGUGGCACUUAUAUUUAGUUCUUCAAGUAAUUUUUCAGAAAUAGAGUUUUAAAGUUUCAUUGCUUUCUAAAAAAGUGCAGUUGAUGUACAACUCUUUGUACUCAAAAAUUCUAAUCCAUGAAGUGUACUUGCAGAGCAUCUCCUCAGCCACUGUACUUUUUCACAUAGUUUAAAGAAAAUGAUUAGAAGUUAUAGCAGUUUUAAUUAGUUGCCAAUACUUGGUGUGUUGAAAUAUUCCCAAGACUAUCAGGACUUUUUUUUGUGUCCAUCUAAGUCUUUUGAAUGCCUUAUAUAAAAAGAAUGUAAAACAAAAUAAAACUACAUAAAACUUA